AUGGCUACAGACCGCGAAAGUAAAACCUUCCUCGCCAGGCUCUGCGAGCAGGCUGAGCGCUACGAUGAGAUGGUCAACUACAUGAAAGAGGUUGCCAACCUGGGCGGUGAGCUGUCUGUUGAUGAGCGAAACCUCCUCUCGGUUGCCUACAAGAACGUCGUCGGAACUAGGCGUGCCUCCUGGAGGAUCAUCUCUUCCAUUGAGCAGAAAGAGGAAUCCAAGGGCUCCGACAAGCAUGUCGCUACCAUCCGCGAGUACCGCCAAAAGAUCGAGACCGAACUCGAGAAGGUCUGCCAAGAUGUCCUUGAUGUCCUGGACCAAGCCCUCAUCCCAAAGGCCGAAUCUGGAGAGUCCAAGGUGUUCUAUCACAAGAUGAAAGGAGACUACCACCGAUAUCUCGCCGAGUUCGCAUCUGGUGAGAAGCGCAAGGUCGCAGCUACUGCCGCUCACGAGGCCUACAAGAAUGCCACCGAUGUUGCACAGACCGAACUCACUCCGACCCAUCCUAUCCGCCUUGGUCUUGCCCUCAACUUCAGCGUCUUCUACUACGAGAUCCUCAACUCGCCUGAUCGUGCCUGCCAUCUUGCUAAGCAAGCCUUCGACGACGCCAUCGCCGAGCUCGACUCGCUGUCUGAGGAAUCGUACCGGGACAGCACGCUUAUCAUGCAGUUGCUCAGAGACAACUUGACCUUGUGGACGUCGUCUGAUGGUGGUGAGGGUGAUGCUGGCCCAGCUGGCGAAGCCUCCAAGGAGGAGAAGCCUGCUGAGACCGGUGCCCCUGCUGAGACCGCGGAGAAGACUGAGGCUGCUCCUGCUUCUUAA